CGUUUAUUUUUUUGAUCGAUCAAUCGAUCAUAAGACGACUUUAUUCUAGGUUCGGAAGAAGAUAUUUUGGAAUUUCUAAUCGAAUAUAGCAUAGGAUUAAUUUACAUUGCAGAGCCAAUGUAUGCUUUAAAAAUUCUUGAAUUUGCCGAACAAAAAAACGAGAAAUUAGAAAACGAAUGUCGGAAAAAAGAAAAAUGUAACGUAUAUUCCGUCGUUAAUAAAGGAAUAAUUUUGAUAUUGAUGGGUAUGUAGCUGAUUUUGUUCUAAUUGUAUAAUUAUUUCAAGAAAAUGAUUUUUAGGCGAUGCUAACGUGGCAUUAGGUUAUUUUUCGCAAGCAAAGAUAAUGUAUAACAAAGCAAUAGCGUUGCGAACUACCAUACCACAAUCAUCAAUAGCUAUUUGUUACAUAAUCUGUAUAGAAAGCUUAUAUUUACAAAUAGGAACAAAAUUUUUACGAAAUUUUGUUAAUCGUUAUCGAGGACCUACAGCUUUUGAUAGGUUGGAAUUGGCAUCUUAUCUUGCACGACUUUCUUCGAUUCUUAUGAUAGAGAAAAAAGAAAAACUUGCGAAGUCGAUCAUUUUACAAAGUCUCAGAUUAGGAUUCGAAAAUUCAGGUAAUUUUUUAAAACAGGCCAAGAUUUAUUUGGCUACUGUAAAAGUUCUUCGACGUGCAGCUAACUUCAACCUUAUCAAACGCCUCGAGAAUCUCAUGAUAGAGAUAAUAACAAAAGAAAUACAUUGGUUCUGCCCUGAAGACGUAAUGUUUAUAUCGGAUAUAUUUAUGGCGAUGUACGAAAUCAGAGCUUUGAGAGGUGAAUUUGAAAAGGCCAUAGAAUUUGGUAAAAAAAUAUUGAAAAUAGCAUGUACGAUAAAAUUUAUCCAUGUGAAACUUGCCUUGUUGCCAUCUUUUAUAGAAAUCAUGGUAUGGACGAAACAUAUCAGCGAAGCAAUUGAUCUUAUCAACGAACUCUAUUACAUCUCAGACGAGGACAUUGACAGUUCAGCGAUUACUUGGUAUUAUGCUCUUUCCUUGGAAUUACUCUUAGAAGCUGGAAUAUUUUUGGAAUCUUACGAAUCCUGUUUCCAGUAUGCCAAAACAAUCGUCGCUUGCAAUACGAAAGCUUGCGUUUCUCGCGAUCCAAUCUGCCUUACUCGACUUCUUAGCGGUUUAUGGAUUUGGCAAUUGCGAAUGGGAUACAACAUUGACGAAAGUUUUGAAAUAACUAUAGAUACUUAUACGACUCAAGUUGAACAUGAUAAUUUUUCUGCAAUUGUCUCUUGCAGCCAAGUAAUCCAUUCGAAUCAGUAUCAUUAAUCACGACGAUAUAUU